AUGAAGGUUAUCCUUCCAGGAAGGCCAGAAGCCCGGCUUCAAGCUCUUGCUACCGGCUUCUGGGACUCGCGCCGCAUCAUUGCAUACAUAAGUGGCAAUGCGAUCGCCAUCCUCUCCGACCAUGAGACCCUCCUCCAGACGAUCUACGAUGACGAUGAUCAACCCCUUGAGGCCAUCUCUCUCGACGAGGUGUCUGGAAAGAUAGCAGUUUGCACCGACAGGACCGUCCGAAUAUACAGGCCAUUUAUACACGGAGAUGGCGACCUGAAAUGGGCCCUCGAGACAUCCUUCUCCCCCGAGGUUGACGCAGAGGAGACACAGGAUGAUGAUGGCAGCAAGAGCGCGAUGGCCCUGUCAUGGGGCAGCUCGGAAGAGCUCCUCGUCUCUCGGUCUGCGCUGACCCUCUAUAAAACUACGCCCGACCCGACCUGUACCUGGCGCAAGCCCAUUGCCAACCCCGCCAAAUACGCCGACCUAUCCUACGAUUCGGCUUACAUUGCAUCUGUGGGCCACCACGAUCGACUCGUCAAGGUGUGGCGGAGACUCAGCUACGUGUCCGACGAGUACCACUUCGACUUUAUGUACCUUUCGCAUCCGCAGGCCGUGACAAGCCUCCAGUGGCGCAAGCCCUACCACGUGGACGAGACCGUCGACAAUGUGCUCUACACUUUCUGCCUCGACAACGUGCUGCGCAUCUGGACCGGCUCGGAUAGCCACAGCCACCAGCAAUUGACGCUCUGGGGAAAGAUCGAUUUUACAGCUGAAGGAGCUGGGCCAAGUCCCCGGUGGGCUGCCAUUGUCCACGGGCGCGACAUCUCGGCCGCCACCGAGACGGCGGUCCAGGAGGGUCCCGCCGAAUAUGGCAGGGGAGACGGUCCUUUGGUAAACGCUGUUGAGCUUGCGAACCGCAAUCCCGAGAUCUGCAUCGUCUUCGAUGGACGGGGCAAGAUGUCUGCCUGGGCAAUGGAGAACGUCACGUCUCAACAGCAUGUUGUCGAGCCAAAAAAGAACAGCAAACCCACCAGGACCUUUCCCGUUCUUCAGAAUAUCACGUCAAAUGACUUCAAAUUCUUCUCGUCCACCGAAACCGAGCCGCAUGUGGAAAUUCAGACAUACUGCAACAAUUCCGGCGGCCAUCUUAACUUCCUUGUGCACUUUCUCGACGGCAGAAUCGAAUUCUACGAGGCCAACAUCGCUCGUCUGCUCGAUGCUAACGCCAGUGCGAGCCGGCUUAGGAGGCGCUGUGUUUGGUCAGGCCAUACAUCGUCUAUUGUGAAGAUGGUAAGAAAUUACAGCGGCAGGGCUGUGGUCUCACGAACAAGAGACGGAGAAAGUGUACUGUGGAGACAUGCCCUUUACACCGAAAAGACCAGGUUCAUUCGACAAAGCACCAUCACUUCGAAAGACCACAUUCACCGAAUAGCCGUAGUCCGAAAAGGGCGCUUCGUGGUCUUCUUGCACCAUGACAGAGUUUCUGUUUGGGACUGUCGGCAGGUCGAACCGUCUCUGCUUGCGGAACGUGCAUAUCAGGUUCGGGGGAAACCUCUCUGCUUGUUAGUCUUGCCACGAAAAACACCGGAACAAGACUCCGUGGCACACAUUGGCACCAUUACGUCUGAAAAGCAAGGUCUUGUAUGGGAGAUUAAACUGCCUCUAUAUGCCACUGCAGCACCGACCGGGUCUGACAUCAAUGGCGAAACAAACGGCCACUCGUCCUCGUCGAUAAAGGAGCACAGCAGGUUCGAGCUUGACGAUGCUGGUGAUCUAUCAUAUGUCCUUCCCGUGGACCCAGCCGGGUCCGCCCCAAUGGUCUCGGGCUUCUUGGAUGUUUUUGCCCGCGAUGUUGCCAUGUCUUAUACGAAAGGUGGUCGUGUUGAGUUCUGGACCGCUCGUCUCGGCGACGGAAGGGUGGAGUGGUUGUCAACAGCUUCGAUGGAGACGGGCGUGCUCGAACCUGCGCUUGCUAGUGGCAGCACUAUGAAGAAGGCAGCGCUCGUCAACUCGAGUCGAACGGCGGUGACAAUCUGGGAUAUCCGUGGGGCACGCCUCGAGUUCAAUCAAGAGUUCGAGGCGCAGAACGCGAUCCAGGACCUUGACUGGACCUCGACGCCUGACUCACAGUCCAUUCUGGCUGUUGGGUUCCCCUCUCGUGUAUUACUCCUUUCGCAACUACGGUUCGACUACCUGAAUAAGGGUCCUGCGUGGGCGCCUAUCCGAGAAAUCAAUGUUCGCGAUCUCACACCACACCCGAUCGGCGACUCGACAUGGCUUGGUGAUGGACACCUUGUCGUCGGUGCAGGCAAUCAACUCUUCGUUCAUGACCGCAAAUUUGACGCUUCGAGUUCGCUCGUCAACAGCAUCUCCUUACCACACAUGCAGGAUGGGAAGCGGGACCUGUUUGAUGUCGUGCAGCGUCUGAACGGGCCUCUACCUGUGUUCCAUCCACAAUUUCUCAGUCAGUGUAUGCUGGCAGGCAAAGUCUCACUCACCCAUCGCAUUCUGAUGUCGUUACACAAGACGCUUAAAUUUUGGAUCGAGGGGGAGGCGAUUGAUGACUAUCUCGGCCUCGACCUGGAAGAGUUCUACACUGACAAGCCAACUCAGGCUGCUUUCGCGCCUGGCAAGGACGGAGGCUCCUAUUUUGGAGAACGACAAACUCUCGAUGAUGACGAUGAGGUUUUCAGUGAGGAUGUUGCCCAGACGAUCAACGAGAAAUUGACCAGCGUCGCCCUGCCGCAGCUCUCUGGGCACGAGCAAUUCCAGCUGGUUGAUAUGAUUGAGUGCAUUGGCAUGGUCGAAAAGCACCGCAGGUCUAUGGACGAGAACGGUGCUCGUUUCAUGAUCUUUUACCGCCAGCAUGCGCUGAGGAAGAGACGGACGAAUGAGAUCAGCAUGUCGUGGAGAGAGAUCAACUGGGCUUACCACUCGACCAGUCAGGACAUGCUGACCGACUUUGUGACUCGCCAACAGCAUGGCAGCCUGCUCUGGGAGCAUGCCAGGGAGAGUGGCAUGUUUAUGUGGCUCACGGACAAUGCAGCCGUGAAAGCGCAAUUCGAAAUCAUCGCCCGGAAUGAGUACACCAAGAGCGACAUGAAAAACCCUGUGGACUGCAGUCUGUUUUAUCUGGCACUGCGUAAGAAAGCAGUCCUCCAAGGCCUGUGGCGCAUGGCAUCUUGGAACCGGGAGCAGGUCGCUACGCAGAGGUUGCUCGCCAACAACUUCGAGGAUCCGAAGUGGAAGACAUCGGCACUCAAGAAUGCUUAUGCCUUGUUGAGUAAACGACGAUUUGAGUACAGCGCAGCCUUCUUCCUAUUGGCUGAUCACCUACAAGAUGCGGUCAACGUUUGCCUGAACCAGCUCAAAGAUCUCCAGCUGGCUAUUGCCAUCACUCGUGUCUACGAAGGAGAUCAGGGACCAGUCUUGCGAAAGCUCCUCCAGGACGAGGUCUUGAACAUUGCUGCACAAGAAGGCAACCGCUGGCUCGCGUCCUGGGCGUUUUGGAUGCUGCGCCGCAGAGAUAUGGCCGUGCGAGCAUUGAUUACGCCAGUGUACACUCUGAUAGAGACACCGCAGAUACCAAAUAUGCAGUCUAAGCUCUUCCUGACGGACGACCCCGCACUCAUCGUCCUAUAUGCACAACUCCGACAAAAGACGCUGCAGACGCUGCGCGGCGCAAGCAAAGUCACACCCAAGGUGGAGUGGGAGUUUGUACUUCACAACGCACGCCUGUACGACCGUAUGGGGUGCGAUCUGAUCGGGCUGGACCUAGUGCGCAACUGGGAGUUCCUCCUACCGGGCCCAACAAUCAGGCCGGGACUGGGCGGCGACAUCAACCCGCUCAAGAUGCUCAGGCGGCGCAGCUCGCUGAGUACCGGCGGAGAUGAGAUCGGGAAGAGACGGACCGCUGUCGCCAGCGCAGGAGAGGGCCAAACCGCAGCCACCGCCUACGAUGUUUGA